GAAUGCCAGGAGACACGUUUCCAAACUUCCUGGUACACAUUUUCGAAAUGGGGAAGAAGUUGGCGGAGGAACAGAAAGGCGUGCGAAUAUCAGGGAGGUUACCUAGUUUCUAUCGAAACUCAAGAAGAGUGGCAGUUUAUCAAUGAUGAAAUUCAAAAACGUUCUUCUUGGAAUACUAGUGCGUGGCACAUUGGUUUAAGAUUUUGCAACAAGACCUGGACUUGGUUAAGUAGAGGAAAACUGGAUUUUUCGAAAUGGCGAGAUUCUGAGAAUAAAAGUCGUGCGGAAAUAUCCAAGAAUGAAAGCCUUUUUAGCAAAAUUUCUCCGUCCGAAAUCAACGCCUUCAUUUGUGAAAUGCCCGAAGGUAGAUAAUCAUUUCAGCAAUAAAGUACAUUACAUGCUAAAGUAUGCCCUCCUAGAACUGAUCUGAUGAAAAUUUCUCUGGAAGAUGAAUUUUCCAAAAAAUCGAGAUACUGCUAUUAUUUUCCUAGCGUUUUUUAAUGUCCACACGAAAACACUUGAAAACACAUACAUGACUUCAUGCGACCUGCUUACGCAUCGAUCUGUGUGUACCUGCACGAACGCAAUAUUAAGCUCCAGUUAAGCAUCGAAAACAUAUCCAUAUACUCUUCUGCUAUAUUUGUUUUGAAUUUAUUGAGACGGGAGGCCUGGAAAAGAGGUUGCACGACACUAUGACGUCAUUCAACGUCAUCGUUUUCAAAAAGCUUCGUAUAGAACUGUCCACACUAAAACGAUAUGCAUACGUUUUCAAAUGUUUCCACCUUUUUACGAAGGAAAACGCAUAAGAGAGGACGGGUUCUUAAAUGACACUGAUCGACGAGCUAUGUAAUAUUACAAUAACAAUGAAAAUGCUAAUCAUAAUAACAAUGAAAAAUUCGUAAUGAUGAUGAAGAAUCAAAUAAUUAUAAAAACAAUAAAGACACGCCAGUCUAUCGGCUGGUUUGUUUGUAUCCUUGAUUGCCCUUGUAGUUUUCUCAUUAUUACCAUCAUCAUGGUCAUUAUUUUUAUCAUCAUUGUUUUUAUUUCAUAGAAUGCCCAAAUAUGUCUUUUCAAAACUCUUGGUAUAUAUUCACGAAAAAAGGAGACAAUUGGACGACGGACAGAGGCAUCUGCCAAAGUCAAGGAGGAGAUUUGGUCUCCAUUGAAACCGAAGAAGAAUGAAAUUUCAUCGGUAACGAAAUUCAAAAUCGCAGUACGAUGUCUAACUGUUCACGUGCUUGUAACCAUAAUCCUCGUUAUGAUAAAUGGUAUAUUGGCUUAGAAAAAAAAGGUUAAAAUUGGACUUGGGUGAGCGGAAAACUUGUGAACAUGCCUAAAUGGGCAGGAGAGCCAAAUUGUGAGGGAUCUGUGGCUCACAUAUGCAAGCAGACUAUUAAAGGUAACCAGAGCCUAUUUUGUGGCAUUCAUGGCUCUGAGAAAUUAGCUUAUAUUUGCGAAAUUCCCAAAGGUAAGACAAAAUUACUCUUAAUUUUUGAUAUUGAAUUAGGUUAAGGUGCACUAAAAGUGCUCGUUAACUGUAAUGCAAAUAUUACCUAUGGUUUGUAUACUUACCAUUGCUGUUAUGGUAAGCAGAACUCAUGGAGCCUCUGGCAAUCAGGAUAAAAUUUUCACGUGGAUAAAUAUUUCACGAUACAUAUUUCUCACUUUUAAUCUUGUGGACGACGAAAAGGCAGCAGAUGCAUAAUUUCUGACAGUUUUUGCACCUGACCAUUACUUGGACCCCGUAUCAAUAAUAGUAAUAUAUAGGACUGAGUGUCAUCCAAUUCGGUCUGUAAGCAUACGGGUGGUAAAACCAAUUAAUCAUAAAAAUUACAAUUUCUGAGAAAAGAAGAAAUAUUGUCAUUGUUCAAGUGAGAACAUUGUCCAUUUUGAAGAAAGCCUUAAUUUAGGAGUCUGUACAUUGUACACUGUACACUGUGUGGUGAUUUAAACUAAAGUUGUGGGUUAUUGAUUCGAACUCAACUUUAAAUGUGACUGGUUGAUUUGAACUACAACUUUGAAUGUGAUUGUCUCAUUAAACCGUCUGGUAACAAACUGUCCGAUAAAAACUUGGCUCUGAAUUUUAGAAAAUAAUAGAAGUUGAUUGUGGGUGCUAGUUUCAAUGCGAUGUAGAAUAUUCAGAGUACAGAAUAUACUGACUAUUAUGAGCCUUCCAUUGAUAAAGUAAUCGGAGAAAGCGAUUCAAUUAUUUGCCGUCCUUUCCCGAGUUUAGAAGUUAUUUGUAAGACGCGUGAAGACAGUUUUAGAGCUAAAUAUUAAAAAAUAAAAAAUAAAAAAUUUAAAUUAAAAAAAAACCUGAACCAAUUUAUUUCAAUGAAUAUAAAUUGAACUUAAAAUGUAGUAUAGAAAACAAUAUGGGAAAAAAUUGUUUCUGAGAACAUUUCUUUAGUAAUUAUUGUUGGCGUUAUUUGCGUCGAUUUCAGCUUCACCAUCAUUGUUCUCAUUCAAAAUUGCAGAAAAAUCUUCACCAUCCGAAUCUAUAAGGCCACAACCCACUCCAUCGCCAGUUCUGUGGUCAUCAUUGUUUCCAUCGCGUUCGCCGUCACGAUCACCGUCAUUGUCUGUGUCGCAGACGCCGUCGCAUUCGAUGCCGCAGUUGUUGUCUCCAUCACUGCCUCAUCCACCAUUUCAUCUGCUAUCUCAGUCGCAGUUUCCGUCUUUGUUGCAGUCACCUACCAAAUUGCCUUCCCAAUCGUUUUCUCAGUCAUCGCCACAGUUGCCUUCUCAGUCGGCGUCACAUUCGCCGUCUCAGUUGCAAUCGCAAUCUCUUUGGCUAUCCACUUCCCAGACGCUUUCUCAGUCACUGUCGCAGUCGGUAUUUCUCUGGACGUUUCAAUCAGCUGCACAAACAUCUUCACCAUCUAAAUCCAUAAAGUUACGUCCCAAUCCAUCAUCGCCGCUGUGGUCAUCAUCCUUGACAUUGUUUUUGCUGUCACAAUCACCGUCCCUGUCGAUGUCUCAGUCACCUUUUUCACAGUCACCUCAGUCACAGUCUCAGUUUCCUUCGUUGCGGUCACCUCUUCACUUGCUUUCGUCCGUGCUCUCGCCAUCGCAGUCAUUAUUGCCAUCGACAUCAUCAUCGGCGUUGCAGUCAACAAGGAUUCAAAAGCUGGUGUGUAAUUUUUGUUUUUUGUUUUUGUUUUGUUUUUUUACUUUUAGGAUCCUCAUACUCUAUAAUUAUAACUGUUAUUUCCCUUACCUCAGGCGGCGGAAUAUGUUUCUAAACUUAGCAGAAUGAAUAUCACCAACGCCAGUUCCUUACAGGUAUUUCAUUCUUCUAAUUUCUAUACGCAGUUAUGGAACUGAAGUUCUAGUCAGUAUGUUUUGAAUGUUCAAACGGAAUCCGCAAAUACGAAUUUUUAUUAAGCGUAUAAAUCAUUUUUUGUUUGUUUGUUUGUUUUUCUGCUUUCGUCUCAUAUUGCUCGUGGCAGUAAAGAUUAAUGGCUCAUAACUUUUUACUUGAUUAGGACGUUAACCUGUAUAGUUUUUCUCGCCUGUAAGAAAGCUAUUUUAGGAAUUUUUAUAGAUAAAUUAUCGUUAUCAGUAUUAUUAUUAUCGUAAUUACCAGUAUGAUUGGUAUUUUUUUUUUAAAUUCGUAGACGAAAACUGAAUAAUCUAUCCUCCAAGUAAAAUAUUUUGAUUUCCUGGUCUAGUCGAUCUCUAACCUGUGCACAUGCAUUUGUGUCCGAAAUUGGUUGGCUCUCUGGCUUGAAUCAUUUUCUUAUCUAUUUGUAAUGAUUUUUUCUUUAUUUUCUUACCACAAAUGCCUAGCACCUUACCUAAACAAAAAUAUUUCAUGUCAUUACAGGAAGCCAUAGCGGUUUUGGAAAUAUUCAUCACAGGUAUUAAAAAAAUCACAAAAGCUCGUAACCGCGCCCCUAUAACAGAUGAGAUUGAGACAAGAAGAGGAUCCACUCUUAAAUACAGCAAGCUCCACCUGACUGGAACAAGGUCCUCACAAGUGAUCGACAGCCAGACAAUGGGUGAGUUUAAACAGCGUAUAAUCUAUAGGCCUUGAUGAUGUAGUAAAUUGAUAUAGGUUACUGAAUGCGAAGCUUUAUUGCUGGAUCAAUCGAUCCAUUCAGUCCUUCCAUUGACUAUUUAUGUUCAUCAGUCAUUAUGGAAUUGGAUGAUAAUAUCCAGCGAUCUGAACCCUUCAAAAUGCUGACGUCUUAUCAUCAAUUAUUUUACAAUAUUUAAAGGAUUGCGCUGUUGAGAGGUAAAGUAAAUAAAAGCGUUUAUGCAACUAUGAUAUACAGACUGUAUUUUCAGUCCAGUAAGUGUCGUGAAAUUAUUAAUACCAUCACCUGUUGUUUUCUUCGUUAGUGCUGGGUAUUCAUAAAGCCUACCACCAAAAUGCAAGUGACUUCUACUUUGAGGAUGAAGAAUCGCAAGGAAACAUAGAUGUUUCGUCUGCAAAUUUUGCGAAAUCCGGUUGGUAUCGACUGCAGUGUUUACUCCUCAAUUGAUAAGUACAAUUCCCUGUAUUCCCCUUACAAAUUUACGUGGUACUGAAGUACAGCUGUGCAUAUACAUAGUUCUGAGUUUGUUUGUUUGUUUACACAGUACAUUUGAUUCAGUUAUCUGAAGUUUCGUGAAAGACCAUGUUCUGGCUUAAUUUUCUUUUUCUUCCUCAAUUUCUUUUUUUUAAGUUUCACUGGUUGUUGGGAUUGUGUAUAAGGAUCUCCACGAACUACUGGACACAAAUCAAACCAUCAGAAAUGAAGCAGGCGAAGCCACAAGGUGAAUUUUAACUUCUCUAAACUUUUAAACAAAUUGUUUCUUCCGCGGAAAACAAAGAAAUGCAUUGCAUUCAACCAACAAAAUUUCUUAAAUUUUUCAAAGCAGUAUUUCGUGGUCCCUGUGUGAAUCAAUGACUAGUUUCGGUGUCAAGGAAAUCAGCUUAAAGUAACACAGUAAGAGCUCCUUGGUUACCAUGGUUACCGUAUCGUCAAAAAUUUUCUAAAAAUUAUAUGAUUCAAAAUAUACAAAAUUAUGAUUUUCUUGUCUUUUUUUGACAGGUAUUUGAACUCCAGGAUAAUGGCCGUGGCUAUGGAUCCAAAACCAAACAAACUGGAAACGAAUGUCAUGUUAAAGUUCAGAAACCUGAAGGUAAGAACACGAUUAAAAUUGGUAUCAAUUGCGCUACAUUGUGUUUAUUUAUUCCAAGGAAAUAAUACACAUUUUCAGGUUGAUGAAAGAGAAAAGACAUGUGUAUUUUGGAGGGGCUUUAGCAAAAGGUAACAAGCUGAAAUAUAUUACUACCUUGUUCUAGAAGCUAUGCAAGCUAAUCUUACGUAAUCUUUGUUAAUCGCUAUGAAUUUUUUGUUUGUGAAGGAAACACCAAUCAGCUCUUGCAGCAGGAAAAACCAAAAAAAUUUCAACAACAUACGAGUGGAAAAGCUCCCAGUUGAUUAUUACGCCGGCAUGACUUUCCCUUAAGUUAUCAAUUAUCCGUCACUGUCAAUCUGAUACUUCCUGUUUUGAAGCCAUUUCUAUCUGCAUUUUAUUCGUUUUCAUUUGCGGUUGUCGCCUUUUUUCGCUUCUGCCAUCGUCUUACAUAUUGUUGCUGACAAAAUCGUUUUGUUUACCGUAAAAGUAAAAGUUCGCCUUUUGUUUUUUUCUGUUUUUCCGUUUUUCAAUUUUCUUCACAUAAGGUAAGAUUCAGUUGUGUUUUACCAGCCUGGAUCGUCAAUAUACCUUUUCAUCACAUUGUAACAGUAAGAAUAUCAAAGCCGACUUCAUGAGUAGUACGUAUCAAUUACUGAAUAAAAUGGAAAGUGGUCAACUUGGUCUCGAGGCUACGAUUAUAAUGAGGAAGAUAGCAAGUUGACCUUUUGGUAACCAAAAGUCUUCUUCAAAAUUUUUUUUAUAAUAUUGUUGUUAUUGUCUUAAUUUUUUUGUGUUAUUUUUUUUAACGUUGUCGUUAUUUUUCCAGCUCAGAAGGAUUUUCAGGGAGAGGAUGCCAUGUGGUUGCAUCGCAAAGCAACACAGAAGAAACAGUGUGCAGCUGCAAUCAUUUGACUCAUUUUGCUGUCUUACUUGACUACAACGGCAGCUCAGGGGUAAUGGACUAAUGUUUACCUUACCUUCACUGGUAGUAAUACAAUUCCUUUGAGGUGAUUGACACAUUUCUAAUUCUUUUCCUGCGAUUUAUGAAGCAGCUCACUGAGGAAGACGAAACUGUUCUGGAGAUUAUCACCUACGUGGGAUUAAGCCUGUCAAUCAUAGGAAUAAUUUUGACGGUUAUUCUAUAUUCCUUCCUUACGUAAGUGCUACAGCCAGAAAUUUUGAAACUUUAUAUUAUUUUAAAGAUGUCCGACGUAAAUAAGACCUCUUCGCGAAAAGACAGACACUCAGUCAAUGCAUAUUGAAACAACUACCUGUUGGAACAUAAAGUUACUUUCCUUUUUUUUGUUCGGUUUUGUUUUUGUUUUAGUCUGCUUGUUUUUAUUUGUUUGUUUCUCUAGAGAUGUUCAACAGCCUCUGUCACAAAUACGAUUGAGUCUUUCUGUUGCCCUCGGAGCUGGACAAUUUAUUUUUCUCGUCGGGAUAAACGCCACAAAAAACAAGGUAAGCGACUUCUUCAUCCAUUGAUGAAUAUUUGAUUAACAAGACUCAAGACGAGCAUUAAGAAGUACACCAGAUCUCUUUGAAAAGAUGCAUGAAAAGUAGUCAACUUUUUUUCCUCUCUCUCAGGCCUCUUGUAUUACAGCUGCAGCUUUCAUGCAAUAUUUCCUGAUGGCUUCGUUCUGUUGGAUGCUGGUGGAGGGAUUUUACCUCUACCUCUUUGUGGUGAAAGUUUACAACAUCACCGAAAAGAUGCACAUGUAUCACGUCAUGUCAUGGGGCAUUUUCAUUUUACUUGUUUUGAAUUGUUUGACUUCAUGAUCAACUGAAUCGACUUGCAUUGACGUCCUACUUAUGUUUAGGUUUACCCAUCGUCAUGGUCGGUAUUUCAUUGUGCAUCGCUGCUGGGAAAGAUGGAAUAGAAAGCUUCACUAGUGAUAAAUAGUAAGAGAAUCCUUCGACAUUAGUGCUUUUUUCUCCUUCUCCACAUUUCCUUUCUCCCACAAAAAUGUAUUUUUUUUAAGUACAACUCUUUUUGCACAAUCUUGUGUUUUUAGUUCGUUUUCAUUUCGUAGAUUUUUGUGUCCCUGUGUUUUUAUCCAGGUUUUGUGUCUCUGUCUCUGUCUCUCGUUCUGUCUCCCUCCCUCCCUCUCUUCUCUUUCUCUGGGUUACUGGGUUAGAGGAUUAUUUGCAGCAAAAAUAUGUUUAUAUGUUUAUCUUAUUUUCUUUCCGUUUCUCGUUUAAAGUUGCUGGCUAUCCUACACAAACAACCUCAUCUGGAUAUUCGCCGCAUUUAUGGCUUUUGUUGAAGUGGUGAGUCUACAAUUAGUCAAUCCCUCGCAUUUUCCUUUUUCAUGCCAAGGCUAACCACCGGUGGAGAUUGUCUCUCUCGUUCCCAUGCUUAUUACAAAACGAAAACAUAUUCUGUUUUCGACUACCAGGCUCAAAGCUCACAACUUUCCAACUCUGUUUCGCCCACUAUGUAUUCAGCCUUACUCGUCUUAGCAACAAGCACUCUGCCAACAUUUGACAUUCCUUGUUUGUUUCAGCUCAACAUUUUGAUACUCGUCCGAGUCAUAAAAGAGAUGACCACGCUGGUGCAACCUAUGGGGGAAGACAAUCAUAUUAAGCAGAUACGGUUAGAUUUAAAAUUUGCUGUUAGCGAAAUAUUUUUAUCAGUGGAGGGAAAAAAGUUGAAGAAACAUGAACCAAUUGCUGUAGCAUCUAGUUGUGAGGUAUUUACCUCAGUUCCACAGUAGUUAGCAUUAAACACAGAGUCAUCAGUGUCUUAGGGUUAGGGCUACUGUUAAGUGUUUUUACCCUCUCUAAACAACGCCUAUUAAACAAUGAGAAAUUAAAAGAAACAAUCGUCAAAAUAAUUCAAAUGUUUUUUUUUUAAUUUUGUCGUUAUUCCGGCAGACUUGGCUUUAAAACAUGCGCGGUGAUGAUUCCACUGAUGGGUAUAACGUGGCUAUUCGGUCUUUUGUCGCCAUGGCACAAAGCUUUCGCCUACAUUUUCACCAUCUUUAACUCUACUCAGGUGAGUAUUCGGUCUUUAGUCGUCAUCACAAAAAGCUUUCGCCUACAUUUUCACCAUCGUCAAUUCUACUCAGGUGAGAUUUUAAUGAAACUGUCGGAAAUCUAAUCAUCUGUUUGCAAACUUGAAUGUCCAAACUACAUUCUUACAUUAGUCUGAUGAUAUUUCCCGUUCAGAGGGAACCUAGUCGACAAGAGAGGAUUUAUUUCUUGGUUUUUGAGAUCUGCAACUUCUCUUAAUUUACUGUUUUAGCCUCUUUUUACGACGAUUUCAAGAUAGAGAUUACAUGAUGUUUGCACUACAUCAAACUUUUUAAACGAUGCGCUACCAUCUCUAAAAAAGGCUGAUCUUAAAAUAAUUUUCUGUCCUAGGGAUUCCUGAUUUUUUUCUUUCAUUGUGUGCGAAACAGCCAGGUAAGAAAGAUAUCAAACUGAGGAGGUAGAUCAAGUGAAUUGUGAAGACUUCAGAAUCGCUAAGCUUUGGAUGGUUAAGAACUGAUAUUUGGCCAAUUGUUCAUCUACAGAUUAGAGAGCGAUUGAAAAGGAGGCUGAACGCAAUUUUUCCAUCUACCGAAGUUGGAAGCUCUGCAAGGAAGAGCUCACGAGUUAACGCAAGUGAUGCCGGGAAAACACGGGCAGUCGAAAUGCAGUCUUUCGAUGCAUAA